AUGUUGUUCAUGAGGAUGGAUGGCAUAGUGAACACAUGAUCUUGUCUUCGGGUGAAUGGAAAUAUCUAUGGAAACUAAAGGUGCCUCCUAAAAUUCGGGUUUUUCUAUGGAGUGCUAUCCAUAAUUCCUUACCUUCAUUGGAUAACUUGAUGAAAAGAGGCAUCUUAAAUGAGGCUCUAUGUCCUAACUGCCAUACAGCUAAUGAAACUCUCAUGCAUUUGUUAUUUUAUUGCCCUCAUGUUGAACCAAUAUGGUUUGGUUCAGCCUUGGGUCUUGAUCCUAGGCAGCUGGGGGUAGUUAAUUUUGUUGAAUGGUGGAGGUACAUCAAUAAUUUUGCCAAACAAAUACAUCUUUGCUUUAUGGUAGAACAAUGUGCUAUUAUUUGCUGGCAUGUAUGGAAGGCUAGAAAUGAGAAAUAUUAUGAACAUGCUGAUAUUUCACCCCAUCAGGUACUCACCCGCAUAUCCCUCAUGAUCAAAGAAUACUCUCCUCCAACAGCUAAAGACCUUCUGGUUCCACCUCCCAAGCCCCGAGCACCUGACAAACCACAACAAUCUUCUUGGCCUAGACCGCCCCAGGAUUUUAUAAAGAUCAAUGUAGACGCUGCUUAUGUACCAGACUCAGGCUCUGCUGCACUAGCUAUGAUUGCACGCAACUCAAAUGGCCAAAUUUGCUUUGGAAAUAGCUGGUUGUGUGUGGCUUUAUCUCCUUUAAUGGCUGAGGCACUUGCCAUGUUAAGAGCCAUCAAGUCUGCUAUAAACAGGGGACUUCAUGCUGUUAUUUUUGAAUCUGAUAACCAGGCACUAAUUUCUUAUAUACAACAGCAUGAAAAACUUCUUCCAUGGGAAGUUAAACCUGUUAUUAUGAACAUCAGACAAGCAUGUUCCUGUCAUCCUGACUUUCUCUUCAAUUAUGUGCCACGAGAAGAAAACAGAGUAGCAGAUUGGGUGGCCAAAUCAUCACUGAAGGGCAAAUGCCCAUGGUACUGGGCACACAGACCGCCUAACUUACUUUCCUUUUUGCUUCUUGUAGAUAGCAUGAAUAAUUAAUGCAAAUUCUCCUCAUAAUAUAUAAUAUAAAUUCCAUAUUUCA